AUGUCCCUGGUGAACCUGGACAACCUGAUCAGCCAGCCCGCCGCCCCGCCACCCGUGCUACCGCCGCCGGCGCAACCAGCCGUCACGAACCCCUUCCUCGGGAUCGCGCCGCCCUCACAACCGCUCUCGCAACCGCCCCCGGCAGCCAAGCCGGUCAGCAACCCAUUCCAGGCUCAGAUGGUCAGACCGCCCACUAUAAACCAGAUGCGCUCGCCGCCCGGACCGCCCGUGCAGCCGGGACUGGUAGGACUGGGCGGUGCGGACGGCCUCCCACAACCGCUCCUCCCCAUGGGAACCACAGCACAGCCGGCGCAGCCCACCAACCCCUUCUUAUGAAACUGUGACUACGCUAGCGCUAGCUGUAUAAGUGUGCAUGGAAGAGGUACAAGGUGGUAAUUCCGCUCAGCCAAAAACGCUCGCAGAAAAAUGCGAGGGUGUUGAAACAUUUUAAGAGGGGGGGAGGGGGAUGCUAGCAAAAUGUGACCGCAACAAAAACGUCCCAAUCAUUUCGCGUGAUCAACUUUCAACUUGUAGGGUAAGACGUCGGCAAUUGUACACUAAAGAUUUGUAGAAGUGUGAAUUGUAGAAAAAGUAUGACAUAGCCCAGCGUUUCUAGGGGAAAGGUCUGUCAGCUAGUAGAAGUGAAUGAAGCAUAAGAUGUAGACAAGCCCUUGGUAUUCUGUGCCCCCUGCACAUGCGCUGUGUGUUUGUAAAUAUCUAUCGUACAGUUUGGGUCUCGGAUGCUGACACGAGAGCUAUGGUUCUUGUACUGAGAUAGUAUGCUUUGCUUUCGAGUCUCAACCCACGAUGUUACCGUACCAGUCGACUCCAUUUUUUUAAGAAAAGGCGUGAGAAAAUGCGACUACAAAUGAUAUCACAGUCAGUGUGUUUCAACUACAAAGUGUUUCAAAAGUUUUGGAUGACAUACUUUUAGUCUGGACUUGGACAACUCGAUUCCGAGACUUAGGGAAGAUGAAGGGAAGUGAAACACACCAUUAUGCAGAUGGUAGGAAUAAUGCUUCUAAAUUCACAGAGUCUGAUGCUAACUGGAUAUUUUGAAACAUGGUUUCGUAGUACAUGUAAAUUGACAAUCAGGCUGUGCUUAGUUUGCACAAUGCCAGGUGCUUUUAAUUCUCAUCUUCUCAGUCACUCCUUGCAGAAAU